AUGGCGAAUUCACAGUCCCCGGCGGAUGAGUCGACGGUUCCUGCCACUCCUCCCUACGUGCGCACUCGCUCAGCAGACAGCAUGAACAAAUCCUCCUAUGCAUCUCCUCCACCAAUGUCAGCCUCGAUGACCCCACCACCAUCGACGCAGCCUCCUCGGUUUCAGUCUCCUAUUAAUCGCGUCAGCGCUGCUCCCAUCGACGCCUUGCUUGCCUCACCUCCACCAACUGCGUUCAGAUCCAAUGUGCUUGGCGCCUUGCCAACCCCAGAUGCGAUCGCAAAGGCGGACAUCGAAGAACUGCGAAGCAUGGCCACCGAAUUAGUCGCAGCAGUUCGGGAAGCGCGAACCUCGGCCGCUCAUUUCAAAUUGCAGCACAGUCUUCUAGCCAUGGAGGCGGAUCAGGCGGCGCAACGGGCUGAGGUUGAACAACAGAUGAGUCGCCGGGAAAUUGAGGUCCUUCAAACCGCUGAAUACAGGCUGCGCGUUUCAAUGCAGUCCCGAAACUCAGUCCCUCCACCCCAACCUCAGAUCGAGGCGUUGACCAAAACAUGCCGGGCCAUGGAAGAGGAGCGUGAUGAGGUGGAGAAACGACUGGCACGAGCGAAGAAGCUGGUCGAGUUGCAGAAUGAUCGGAAUGAGUUGCUCGAAGAGGAAAAUGCUCUACUUAAAAGGCGUAUUCGCGAGAACAGAGAGCACUUCACCAGGUUCAAAAGUAUGUCGCCAUCGUAUACCACGCCCCGCGACACCUUCACCACGCCUCACCGGAAGCCCGUGCCUCGCUUCCCGGAGUCUGCACCUGCACCGAACCAUUCAAACAUUGCAGCCCUGCUUGCCGCUGGUGAAGUGCUUAGUGAGCAGAGUGCCAGCGUCCCUUCGACGCCCACCAGAACCCACACCUCCAAGUUCAAGCAUGGCCACACUCGCGGAGCUCAUUCACUCUCCUCACUGCAGACUACGCCAGUCCACGUGAGACCUGUGACCCACGACGGCUACCCAACAUCCAUGGUUCCCUUUUCCGCACCCUCUUCUCAAUUAGUAAUGGAGUCAGCAGAAAGAGAACGCCAUGACCGGGAUAGCACCAUUUCCAUAUCUGAUGCCGAAGAAGGCCACAACGAUGAUAGCAUUCCCGAGUCCCAGGCCAGUUCAUUGGCGAGCGACAUGUUACGACGGAAUCCGGGCUCCCAGGAGAGCUUGAGACUGUCUCAAGGCGCAGAACGCUCAAGCAAUCUACUUCAAAGCAAGAUCUUUGGUCCCGUUAAGAAAGCCGGUCAGCUUAGGAAGCGGGGAGCGAGUUUUGGAGAGACUGACAUCAAGGCAAAGAAGGCAAAACUUUCUCAAGGAGUUGGGCUUGGUAUUGAAUCUUGGAGUCAAAACUGA